AUGAAGGGCCCUGGGAGGCCCCUGAGGCCUCCUCUCAGGCUGCUGCUGCUGCUGCUGCUGCUGCUGCUGCAGCAGAAUAUCCGGAGUCGCUUUGAAGCUACUCCAGGUGCAGCAGCAGCAGCAGCAGCAGCAGUGACACCGAGGGUGCAGCAGCAGAGGCGCUGCUGCAGCACCUUGUUGACGCUAGAGAAGCCACAGAGUGCAGCAGCAGAAGCCGCAAGAGCAGCAGCAGCAACGUCUGCAGCAGCAGCAGCAGCAGCAAGACCGACAGCAGCAGCAGCAGCAGCAGCAGCAAGAACUGCCUCUAAAGCAUGCGCCUUUUGCUUCUCUAAGGGCCCUUACUCUCCAGUCGCGUUAAAUAAGCCUGGCAGCAGAUAUGUUGGCAGCAGCAGCAACAGCAGCAGCAGCUGCAGCCUCCCCAGCAGCAGCAGUGGUAGCAACAGCAACGACAGCCUCUGGGAAAGCAGCAGCAGCAGCAGCAGCAGCAGCAGCAGCAGCAGCAGCAGCAAGCUGAAGUGGACCGGCAAGAGGGUUCGAAUGUACGAUAGUCUUCUGGAGCCGUAUGAGCAGGCAGCUCUCGCAGCAGCAGUUCGCAGCAGCAGCAGCAGCAGCAGCAGCAGCGACAGCAGCAGCAGCAGCAGCAGCAGCAGCAACAGCAGCAGCAGAAAGGGCUGCUGCGUCACUAUAGAAGGCACACAGGAGCUGAGGGGAGUUGCAGACGCAGAAGGGCUGCAGCAGUUCGCAAGAGACCUACUAGCCGCCCUCGCCGAGAAGCAAAUGCGCAAAAUCUACAAAGCUUAUCACCCCAGCAACAGCAGCAGCAGCUGCAGCAGCAGCAGCAGCAGCAGCUGCAGCAGCAGCAGCUGCAGCAGCAGCAGCAGCAGCACUGUUGGGGCUACAGAUGCACUAUCGUUUGCUGCUGUCGACCCCUCACGAUACGCUAAAAGGCGGGAGCUGCUGCUUAAGGCAGCAGCAGCAGCAGACGCAGCAGCAGCAGACGCAGCAGCAACAGGUGCAGCAGCAACAGGUGCAGCAGCAGCCACAAACGUAAAAAUGGCAGCAGCAGCAGCAGCAGCAAAGUCGCAGCUGCUGCUGCAGCAAGAACUUAAGGCUGUAGGCCGGCAUCGGCGGCGGACCUUCUUAGGGGACAUCUUCUUGUGCCCCACUGUGGUGUACAGGCAGCAGCUAGAAGACAGAAGGCAGCUGGAAGCUGCUGCAGCAAAAGAUGCCGACCCAGAGCCCUUGCCCACAAAGAGCGGCUGCAGCUGCUUUUGGUUCACUCCCUGCUGCACCUCAUCGGGGUUUGAGUGCAGGCUACAUCUAGUAGGUGUCGGUAUAGACAUUGUCUCCACAGAGAGACUGCAGCGGACUCUCCUUCGUUUGCUGUCGGCCGACGCAGCAGCAGCAGCAGCAGCAGCAGCACCAGAGUGUUGCUGCAGCUUCAUGUGUCGAUACACUUCACGGCUGCUGUCUCCCCUUGAAGCUGCGCAGCUGCGGAAAACCCACAGGGGCCUUUUCGCAGUACAUUAUGCCUUGCAGCAGCAGCAGCAGCAGCAGCAGCAGCAGCAGCGCAGCAGCAGCAGCAGCACAGCAGCAGCAGCUGCUGCUGCUGCGCUGCGAGACGCAAAAGCCAUUCGAGCAGCAGCACGUUUCUUGAGCCGCAGAUUUGCUGCUAAAGAAGCAGCAGUAAAGGCUCUCGGCGUAGGCCUCAGAGUCCUCAGCCCAGGUGGCUUGUCUCUCAAGGAGAUUGAAGUGCAGCACGGAGCAGCAGGGCAGCCGCUGCUGCUGCUGCGGGGCCCUGCUGAGGCCCUUCGGGUGUCUCGGCAGGUCCGCGCUUUGCUGCUGUCGCUUACAGACGACGCCAGCCUAGCAGUGGCCCAAGUCGUGGCUUGCUGCUAA